CGGUAAGAUUUUUUUUAGUGUGUGUGUGUGGGUGCAUCGCUAUUGCGCUGAGCUUCUACGAUGGACUGGGCCACGCUUGCGACAGUCGCGCAAGUGGCCGUGGAACUUGUGGACUCGGACAGCAACGAAGAGUAGUUCGACGACAUCGUCGCGAUGUUGGCUGUAAAGCUUGUGAGAACGGACAGAAACCGCAUUCCACGGUACUGUGAAGACGUCGUUGGCAGAUAUUUUCAGUUUGAAUUUAAGCGGCUCUUCAGACUGUCACGCGAGACUUUUAUCUCUCUUGCUGACAGAUAUCGAGAAUCUCCGUUCUUCCCGGAGGCUUAUGGAGGGCACGCACGAAUCAGUGCGGAGAAAACCUGCCUUAUUGUUUUAAGUUAUCUCGGGAGCCAAUGCAGCAUGUACUCGAUUGCAGAUAGGUUUGACGUAACCGAGUCGUCCGUGCACGCGUGCAUCGACAGGGUGCUCAACCUUCUGCAAAGCCUGAGCGAGGAGGUAAUCACGUGGCCGGACCAGCAACAGCAGGAGCGUAUCAAAGCGGGCUUCUUAGCAAAGAGCGUUGGUAAGGGGCCACGAAGCACCAUAGCGUGCGUAGACGGAUGUAACGUGGAGAUUAACACCCCGAGUGAAUCGGCGCACUCAUACUUCAACCGCAAGAAGUUUCCGUCACUCAUCCUCCAGGGCAUAUGUAACCACGAAAACCGAUUCACAGACGUACUCAUUGGAUUCCCCGGUUCGGCGCAUGACGCCCGGGUUCUCCGUGAAGGCCCUUUUUUUGAAGAAGCAGCAAGAAAGUGCUGUAAUUGCUAUAUCCUGGGGGACUCUGCCUACCCGUUGCUGCCUUGGCUCAUGGUGCCUUAUAAAAAUAUGGAGCGGAGCUUCCCCACCUGGAAAAGGAAAUAUAACAAGUGUCAUGCACAGCACUGA